ACUCUUCAAAAUUUAAUCAUAAGGAACACAAAUCUCCAGAUCUCCUUCUGCUUCUGCUUCUCUCGAACGAAUCUAAUCUCAAUCGAGAUCUCUGCACUUUAAGAAAGAAAGAAAGAAAAAGGAAACCCUAAAGUCAAUUACUAAUAUUUAUACGACAAAAAACUUUCCAUUUUCAUCGCAGAUUUCGCGUCCAUUGGUUUCUCCGACUUUAUGGGGUGCUUUUGUGAGUCGACGGUCAAGAUCGCUCGGUCGUCGCACGCGGAGUGUCCUUUAAUCGACCAAUCUUGAUUUUGUUUCCUAAUUUUUGGUAGAAGCUCUUGAUUUGUAUAAGUUUGGAAGUUGGAACGGAAUUUUGGUUGUGAAGAUGAGGGUAACCAAGUCACAGGUAUGGCAGCCGUGCAAGAAGAAGAGGUCUUGAUAGAUAGGGAUUGCAAAUAACAGAUAUAAUAAAGCGAAGAUUUGAGAGGAAUUGAUCAGUAAUGGCGUCUCGUUCGAGCAAUAACACAGGGAGCAGGACAAGGGUGGGGAAGUACGAGCUGGGAAAGACACUGGGAGAAGGGACCUUCGCUAAGGUCAAAUUCGCUCGCAACUGCAAUACCGGAGAGCAUGUCGCAAUUAAGAUUCUCGAUAAAGAGAAACUCCUCAAGCACAAGAUGAUCGCUCAGAUUAAACGUGAGAUUUCAACCAUGAAACUGAUUAGGCAUCCAAAUGUCAUUCGCAUGUAUGAGGUGAUGGCCAGCAAGACAAAAAUAUACAUUGUUCUUGAAUUUGUGACUGGUGGGGAACUUUUUGACAAAAUUGCAAGUAAAGGGAGGUUGAAAGAAGAUGAAGCAAGAAAGUAUUUUCAGCAGCUUAUUUGUGCUGUUGAUUAUUGCCAUAGCAGAGGUGUAUUCCAUAGGGACUUGAAGCCAGAAAAUUUGCUACUGGAUGCUAACGAAGUUCUUAAAGUCUCAGAUUUUGGGUUGAGUGCACUACCUCAGCAAGUUCGAGAAGAUGGACUACUUCAUACAACAUGUGGAACGCCAAAUUAUGUUGCUCCUGAGGUGAUAAACAAUAAAGGCUAUGAUGGAGCCAAGGCAGAUCUGUGGUCAUGCGGGGUGAUUCUUUAUGUCCUAAUGGCAGGUUACUUGCCUUUUGAAGACAAUAAUCUCAUGGCGUUAUAUAAAAAGAUAAAUAAGGCCGACUUCACAUGUCCUCCUUGGCUCUCAUCAAGCGCAAAGAAACUAAUCAAAAGAAUUUUGGACCCUAAUCCAGUGACACGGAUUACAAUUGCGGAGGUUAUAGAGAAUGAGUGGUUUAAGAAAGGAUAUAAACCACCUACUUUUGAACAAGCAGAUGUUAGUCUCGAUGAUGUGAAUGCUAUCUUCAAUGAAUCAGGAGACUCUGGAAACCUUGUUGUAGAAAGGCGAGAAGAAGGGCCUAUAGGCCCCAUUGCCCCUGUGACUAUGAAUGCCUUUGAGCUCAUCUCCACAUCUCAGGGCCUCAACCUCAGUAGUCUAUUUGAGAAGCAAAUGGGACUUGUUAAACGGGAGACAAGAUUCACAUCCAAACGUCCUGCAAAUGAAAUAAUCUCAAAAAUUGAGGAAGCUGCAGUGCCUUUGGGCUUUGAUGUAAAGAAAAACAACUUCAAGAUGAAGCUUCAGGGGGAGAAAACUGGACGUAAAGGUCAUUUAUCAGUUGCAACAGAAAUUUUUCAGGUGGCCCCUUCCCUUUACAUGGUUGAGCUUCGCAAGUCUGCAGGAGAUACACUGGAAUUUCACAAGUUCUACAGUAACCUCUCAACGGGGCUGAAGGAUAUUGUUUGGAAAUCAGCCGAUGAAACAAAAGAAGUACAUCAUGUCCCCGAUCCUACCCACUGUAGGGCCUUAUGGGGGUUUACCCUUUUUACGUUUGUGGGCGUUGUAAUAGGGGGCAUCAGAACAUUAUUCGUUGUCCUUUUGGUUGACAGUUCUGCUGGGGCAUCCUCACCUGCUCUCCCUACAAAUAUUGGCAGUAUAGAUUGGUCUGGUCAUGGACAUACCUCUAAGGCAACCUCUUUCUCUUGUGUUGGUUCUCAACCACCAUGGACUUCCAGGAGCACAAGCGUUGGUGGUUCUGCACUUGGAUCAUCAAGACCUUCCUGCAGGCCCUGGGAAAGAGGGGAUCUGUUGAGGCGUUUGUCCACCUUCAAGCCUUUGAAUUGGUUUGGAAAGCCAAAGGUUGUCAGCUCAUUGGCUUGUGCUCAGAUAGGUUGGGUGAAUGUGGAUGCUGAUAAAAUUGCUUGUGAAUCAUGUGGUGCACAUUUGAGUUUUGUUCUGUUGCCAUCCUGGACCCUUGCUGAAGUUGAAAAUGCCAGUGAAGCCUUUGCCAAGCAGCUGGAUUGUGGGCAUAAAGUCACCUGCCCUUGGAGAGGAAAUAGUUGUCCUGAAAGCUUGGUGCAAUUCCCACCAACACCUCAGUCUGCACUGAUUGGGGGAUAUAAGGAUAGAUGUGAUGGACUUCUACAGUUUCCAUGUCUUCCUAUUAUAGCUGCAUCUGCAAUUGAGCAGAUGCGAGUUUUACAGGACUCUCAGAUGGAGCGCUUUCUGUCUCAGACUGGAGAAGUUGAUUUUAAAACCAAUGGCAUGUCAGAACUGGAGACCUGUCGAGAUGGCCCAUUCUAUAUUUAUUUAUGUGCCCAGAAACUUAUAAGUCUGUGUGGAUGGGAACCAAGAUGGCUUCCAAAUGUUCAAGACUGUGAAGAGCAUUCUGCUCAGUCUGCUAGAAAUGGAUGUUCUGUUGGCCCCACCCUGGUCCGGGUUGGUAUUUCACAGGAUCCUGGAUCAAGCAAGAAUGCACUGUCUGCUUCAGCCAAAAAGGACACUGGAAAGAAUAAAAUACUAGCUGUGGAGUCUAGAUGUGAACAGAGAUCGCCUCUUUUAGACUGUAGUUUAUGUGGGGCUACUGUGAGAAUAUUGGAUUUCUUAACUGUUCCUCGGCCCGCUCGUUGUGCUCCGAGCAAUAUUGAUAUUCCUGAGACGAGCAAAAAAAUGGGAUUGACACGUGGAGCAAGUGCAGCCAGUGGGAUUAGUGGUUGGGUUGAUGCUGAUACUACAGACAAAGAACAGACUGAAGACCGUGAUGAAGUUGCAACAACAUAUGAGGGCAGAUUGUUGCAGAACUCAGUCGAUUUAAAUCUUACAAUGGCUGGGUGUCUACCUUUUACUCAGGUUGACAGGACCGCAACAGACAUGAAUGCUGAUGAUGUGCACAUGGGAAGGUACCUAAUUAUUGGCCAGCCUGCCGGCAGUGGGGUUGGUAAUCGUGCAGCUUCCUACGAGUCUCGGGGUCCCAGCUCCCGUAAGCGAAGCCUUGAAAUUGGUGGCAGCUCGGAUGAUAGGCCACAUUUGAGGAUGCAACAGGCUGAUAGUGUUGAAGGAACUGUAAUUGAUCGUGAUGGAGAUGAAGUUACAGAUGGCAGACAGUAUCCAGCGGGGCCAUCAAAACGUGCUCGUGAAUCUGACAUUUUUGAUACCUACUGUUCGGCAUAUGCAAGAGACUCUUCUGUCGCGGGUCCUAGCCAUUCGGUGGGUAUUGGAACUUAUAUAGAUGGAAACAAAGCUGGUUCAAGCCGACAGGGAAAUGACCAUCUGAUAGGAGUCCCAUCAGCAAGAGAUUCUACACGGGCAUCUUCUGUUAUUGCAAUGGAUACAGUCUAUCAUGGUGAAAAUGAUGACUCUUUGGAUAGUGUUGAAAAUUAUCCUGGGGAUGUUGCUGAUGUUCAAUUUCCUUCCUCCAGUACAUAUAGGAAUCUGGACGUGUAUGAGACAUCAGAAUUGAAUUAUAGUAACCAAGCUAUGCAGAGCACUGAUUUUCGAUCACCUGUUGAAUUAGUUCCUGGGGAAAUGGGUGUUAGUAGUACAAAUGACGGUGAAGAAGUUUUCAAUGCUGGAACUGUGAUGGCUCAAGGAAGAGAAGGGAUUAGUUUUGGAAUCAGUGGAGGAAGUGUUGGAAUGUGCGCUAGCCAUGAAGCUGAAAUUCAUGGGGCUGAUGCUUCUGUGCAUAGAGCACAUAGUGUUGUUGGUGAUCUGGAACCCAGAGUGGAUGAUGCUGAAAAUCAGGGUCAGACAGAUCCUUGGUUAAUAGAUGAAAUUGUUCCCGAUGAAACAAACCAAGAAGAUCCCCAUGGCGACAGCCAGGAAAUGUUGUCUCGUUCUGUUAGAAGGGCUGAUAGUGGCUCUAAUAUUGAUGGUUUUGCCAAGGCAGAGUCUGUUGAGAGUGGUGAAAAGAUAAGUCAAAGCUGCAAGCUAGGCCUUGAUAAUAGUGCUCAUCCUUCUCUUUCCUGCAAUGCCAUGGUUGACUCUGGUUAUGAAACAACCAACAAAGAGGUUACAAAAGCUGGAAAAUCAUCAUCCACCAAUAACUGUGGAUACCUACAAUCAGAAUACGCAGCUGCAAAUGGAGGGCCACCAAAAGGGGAAAGCAAUUAUGAAGAACCUGUAGAAUUUGAUCCAAUUGUCCAUCACAACCAGUUCUGCCCCUGGGUGAAUGGAAAUGUUGCUGCUGCUGGCUGCAGCAACUCUGUUCCCAGCACUGAUGCUGUUGCACUUUGUGGAUGGCAACUGACCUUGGAUGCACUGGAUUCCUUGAGAUCCCUAGGGCAUAUCCCAGUUAUGACAGUACUAUCUGAGUCAGCUGCAUCCUUGUACAAGGAUGACCACAGGCCUCCUCAUCAGAAACACAGUUGAUGACAGCACUCCAUGAGAAAAAGCGACGGACAUAAUUAAUAUUCAAGCUCAAUAGAAGGAUCAAAAGGAAAUCAAUCUUUAGAGCACAUUGCGAGAUGGUUCUUCUUUGUUAUGAGAACUGCUCUUGGUGGAAGUUGUGGCUCACUUUUCGCCUUUUAAACUCCUGUCCGCUUUUUAACUAUUUAAUGUCGAGGUAAAUUAUGUCAUCAUUGAAAUUUAGACGUGCUACCCUUCAGCAUCAACAUACUUGAUUUUUUUAAUGUUUUUUGAGGGACUUCUUGUUUAGUAACAUAAAAUUACAAGUAAUACUUUUCACUCAGUGAUGAGAGUACAGAAAUUGCCAAGGACGGAUAAAUUUUAUCCUUGCUGCAGCUCUAGUUUGCUUUUCCUAAUAGAACUAGAACUAUUGUACUGAUUAACUUAUAGUGUUACAUAUUCAUUGUAAGAUUCCGAACUUGUGGUUUAGUAA